UCAAGCCCACUUCAUAGAAUAAUAUUUAUUAUCUGAUGACAUCAUAUUUGCUGUUCGUAUGGCUGGCGCCAGCUUAGGUCACGAAUGUUGUGGGGAACUGAAAAGAAGAGAGUCGUCCAUAUGCUGAGAAAAUAAAAGAUGGUCUGUUUGGGACAAACACAAAGGACCAUAUGACCAGUGACCCUGUUAUUUUCCCCAGCCAGAAAUCGCAGCCCGUUCUUAUAACUGUUUCAAGUCCGGGGGAAAAUCCACACUAAGCAAUGGACUUGUACUCACUAGCGCACUGGUAAUGAUUUGCAUGUGUGCAAUAUAAAGUUGUACUGUAGCAUAGCAAGGCCAGUGUAUCAAGCUCACCGUCUUUCUGAAACGCUUUUGACAGUUUUCUCAUAAACCACGCCUUUAUUCUUGGAUCCUGGUAUGUUAUUGGGUUAGAAGCGGGCGCCUAGUUCCUUAUUGGUUCUUUUUUUCAUAGGGGUCCCAAACAGCUCCGAUAUUUGGAAUAUUUUGUUACAGUCUCGCAGCAAAAUGGCGACUGUCAUUCAGAAUCCUCUCAAAUCACUAGGCGACCAGUUUUACCGGGAGGCCAUAGAGCACUGUCGCAGCUACAACGCCCGUUUGUGUGCCGAGCGGAGUGUACGCAUGCCUUUCUUGGACAACCAGACCGGUGUCGCUCAGAAUAAUUGCUACAUUUGGAUGGAACAGCGGCACCGCAGGCCAGGUAUUUCAGCGGGUCAGAUGUACACUUACCCUGCACGUUGCUGGAGGAAGAAGAGACGGCUUCACCCCCCUAUGGACCCUCAGCUACGCCUCUGUGAACUACGACUGGAGGCAGAGCUGGCUCCUAAAAGGGAGGCCCCCCCUGGAGAGGCCACAGCUCUGGAGGCGCUGCUCAGGGGAGAGGGGCUACUGGAAAAGAAGAAAGACAUCAACAAGGAGGAUGAGACAAUGCUGGAGAUACAGAGGGUUUUGGAGGCUGACGAGAAUGGGGAAGGUUUCCAAGACGAUGAGGACUUUGAAGUGGACACUCCGAAGAGAAAGCACAGGAAAGGAAGGCAGGUCCGAACGUCUGGCCGCAGGAGAACAGAGGCUGUCUCCAACGAUGAUGUGGAUAAACCUUACGUCUGUGACAACCGAAACAAACAAAAGCAUAACUCAAAAACUGCCUCAGACUCAGUCUGUGGGAAGCGCUAUAAGAACCGCCCGGGCCUGAGCUAUCAUUACGCCCACACACACCUGGCGGAGGAGGAGGGGGAGGAGGAGAGGGAGGAGGAGAUCGCGCCGUCCCCACCUCCACAGCGACCAGACCCUGACCCUGACAACCACAAACCUCAGAGGGCGGCGGAUGGCUCAAUCAUUCCCAACGACUACUGUGACUUCUGCCUGGGAGACUCUGACGCGAACAGGAAGACAGGGCAUGCUGAGGAGCUGGUGUCUUGCUCUGACUGCGGACGCUCUGGCCACCCCACCUGCCUGCAGUUCACAGACAACAUGAUGACGGCAGUGAAGACCUACCAGUGGCAGUGCAUCGAGUGCAAGUCCUGCAGCCUGUGUGGCACCUCUGAGAAUGACGACCAGCUUUUGUUCUGUGAUGACUGUGACAGGGGCUACCACAUGUACUGCCUGAAGCCUCCCAUGACCGACCCUCCAGAAGGGAGUUGGAGUUGUCAUCUGUGUCUGGAUCUGUUGAAGGACAAGGCAUCAGCCUACGAAGAGCCAUAGUGACACACACAGAAACACAAUGAAUUCAGAGACUCAUGCCGCAUUUAGGUCUCACCUCAUUCAUUUUCUCUAUUUCCUGUGCGCAGAGAAAGUACUUUUCCUCUGAAAUGAAAAUGCGUUCCCUAAAGAUGGACCACUGCUCAAUGCAAACAGUCCUCUUCCUAAAAACGUCUUAUCUGCAAUUAUUUCUCUACCUCACUACUCAAAAUCCUACCACAUAGCAGAUACACAAAUCAGGGCUUACAUGCAAUGCCUUCUAGAUUGCUAAAGAUAUAAAACAGCAGAUCUACCGCAUGGACAUUUUGUAGCAUUAUCUUGAUUCCGGUUGUUGAAUAGGUACAGACAUAUCUGCGGUAAAUCAUUAAUUCAAAAGAUUAGAUCUGUUUUUAGUUUGCUCUAAGGAGAGAAAAACAAGUUAACGUUUUCUCUCUCAACCCAGUGACAUUUUACCUACUCAACAUUUGGAAACACUGUAACCAGCAAUGUUGUCAGCGUUUGCUUGUGGAAAAUGAAUGGACGUUUUUCUUUCCAAACCAGAAUCUUGGAAAGUGGAGGCAGAACUAGUCAGUAAUUCCUAAAAGGCAAAGCCUUUCAACCUGUGUCAUCGUAGCUACACAACAAAGGUCAGGAGCAUUUGAACCAAAGGGUGUGUCCAUGUGUCAUCUUUCUCUACAAAUGUCGCGGCGUUAGAUUGGUGGACUCUGACGCUAAUCAUGUGUGUUGAUUCCAUAUCUGUUAUACUAGCCAUUUUGCUGUCAAAUCUGUGAACAGAGGUGAUCAAUCUGAAGUUUGAAGGAAGGAGACACUUGGGGCCACGAAAGAAGCAAAAAAAAAAAAAAACAACAGCAUCUUUGUCUUGCUGUUGAUUUUUCACAGCUAUGAUACCGUCUCUACAGCUUAGGUCAGAAAUACCUCUGGUACCAGACAAAUAUAUUGUGUCCAUUUGACUGUUUGUUGAGAUUCCAGUUUUCCAGCUCCCCUGUGUUUACAUUUCACAGUGAAGCUACUUUCUGUAACACCAAGACAAAAAACGUUGAAAACAGAUCCUCGGCGGUCAAGCACAUUUCUAUUUAUGUAUAAUGUUAAAGGGACUGAGGGGUCAUUGAAGACAUUAUUUAUUUUUAAUUGGAUCUUGUGAUGUAUUUAGUCCCUGUUUAUCUGCUCUAUCUGUGGUUACUAGGAUACUAAUGGUACUCGAGACAACGGUUGUGUACAGAAACACUAAACACGUGUUCAUUUUAAACUGGUCUUAUUUAUACCUUUCUCGUUUUAGUCACUCUGGAUGGACGCUUUGUAAGAAUAAGCAAGGCCACGUGCUCUAAAUCAGAUGUCUCUUAAUAAGCCAUGCCACAUCAUAGGAUGUCGGGCCACACAAGAGAGCUUCGAUGUGUUGUUUGGUGACCUUUAGUUGAAAUGUAGGUUGAUGUCGAAAACAUUGGACUUCAUAGGACAGCAUAGAGCACGCACAGAGAACAUUAUUGAAUCCGCUUACACAUACAGGGCCAGCUACACAAACUACAUACCUCGUUAUCUCGGCAACACAUUUCAGGCGGACCUUGAAUGGUACUUAGCUGUCAUCCUACUGAUGGUUAAGGACACCACAUAUUCUAAAUUUGUGAUGUAUCAGUUUUUGUACAUUUGUAUUUUAUGUAUCAGUAAAUGUCAACAUGUUUUAUAAGCUUUCCGUCAAGUUUGUAUAGCAUCCUAAACUUUUAAUGUAAAACAAAGUAAUGAUUAUGUAAUGAUUCAAGCUUUUCCAUGUGAACUUAAUGGCAAUAGAUUUGCACUGAACACAGGUCUGAUCGAUACAUAAUGGUCUGGUUUUCCGUACAUUUGAAAAGCCCAGAAAAAGAUUACCAUAGUCAGAAGAAGUCCUGAAGAGUUUUUAGCGAUGAUAAAAAAAAAAGCAAAAGUUAUUUAGUGUAUUUGACUGGAAAUGUCUUACAGAAGUGUAUUUCCCUAACCUUUUUGUUUUUAAUAGUGUUUCUUCACAGACAAUCAUGAAGCAUUAGACAAGUGUGAUGUCCAAAACGGCACCCUAUUCCCUUUAUAAUGAACUACUUUGAAUAAAGGUCUAUGGGCCCUGGUCAAAAGUAGUGCUCAACCGACUAGGGUUUGAAUCCUACAUACAAAUUAGCCCAAGGCGUCCAACAAGUGGUGCAAGUGGUCAGCGCUGCCAGGAUUGAGGGGUUAAUAAAAAAUGUCUUCCUUGUCUCGUCGCGCUGUUUUGGCCCCCUUGUGUAGAGGUAGAAAGCCGGGGAAUGCUGUAAGGAUUCCUUCAUGGUUGAGCGAGCAGUUCGAUAAGAUCCAGAACGACAUUGGAUAUGAUUUGGGAGACACAUACAUACUUCCUAAUCCACUGUUCUGAGUGCUGUGAUGAAGCAAGGCCUUAAUCAUGGAUUGGCUAUCAUGACUGUUGUGGGAGUACAGGUAUAAGUAGAAAACAAGGUAGUGUACUAUACAAGGAAUAAGGUGCCAUUUGAAGAUGCACCCAUGAUGUGAACAACAUUUUAAUGGUUUCCUUAUUAUUGGCCCUCAUGUUGGCACCUCUUCAUCAUGUCUUCCUGUGUAUCACUAUCCCAGCUUCCAACUCUGAGAAAGUAUUGGAGACCAUCAAUUAUGCAUGGAUAUAAUUUUGUGUCGCUUUUCGGGUACUUUGUUAAGUUUCUAUGUGAGUAUUUUGUGUUAAAAUAAACAUUUUCCUCAAGUC